AUGCCAUCUAUAAGAGACGCUGGGACACAGGUGUUGCCCAGAUUACCUAUUCCUCCAUUGGAGGACACACUAAAAAGAUACUUGGCGAGGUUACAACCAUUGCAAGACCGUAGAAGUUUCGAAAGAACGCAACAAGCAGUGGAAAAUUCUCAGGAGGUAUUGCGGAUCUUGGAUAAGGAGUUAAGGGAGUAUGAUGAACAGUUAGCUCAGCGCGAGCCUAUGUCUUCUUAUAUUGAGCAAUUUUGGUUUGAUUCAUACCUCGAAUACGACGAGUCUGUUGUUCUUAAUUUGAACCCUUAUUUCCAACUUGCAGACGAUCCAACGAUGAAUAACGUCCCUAAAGUGAGCACGCGCUUUUCUCACUUUAACAGACAAGUUAAAAGGACGUCAAAGUUGGUUGUGUCCAUGCUAAAAUUUGUGAAAGCGAUUAGAACUGGAACGUUGCCUACGGAUAAUGUUCGUGGGAAACCGAUGACGAUGGACCAGUACUGGAAGCUCUUCGGUAGUGCAAGAAUUCCGCCCUCUUCGAAUGAACCAACCCCUUCCUGUCAUUUGCAGACUGAUCCUACUUCUCACCAUGUUGUAGUCAUGUACAAGUCUCAGUUUUACUGGUUUGAUGUGUUGGAUAUCAACAAUGAGCCGAUCUUCCAGCAACCUGAAGAGUUGGAGUGGAAUUUGUACUCCAUUAUAAUGGACGGGGAACAGCGCGAGGAAACUGACCAGAACCUACAAGCAUUAUGUCCAAUGGGUGUGUUCACUACAGAGAAUCGAAGCGUGUGGUCGAACGUUCGUGACUAUAUCAGCAAGGCUGAUGACCCUACCAAUGCUCGUAAUUUAAAAAUUAUUGAUAGUGCAUUAUUUGUUAUAUGCUUAGAUAAUUCGGACCUUGAAGAUGAACGUGACUGGAUUAAGUCCAUGAUUUGCGGUACCUCCAAAAUUGAUCUAAACGACAACGACGAAUCCAAGAUCAAACCCUCUCUAGGGUUGCAGACGGGGACUUGCACUAACCGUUGGUACGACAAGUUGCAGUUGAUUGUAGACAGGAGCGGAAGGGCAGGAAUAAACUUCGAGCAUACCGGUGUUGAUGGACAUACUGUAUUGAGGAUGACCAUGGACAUAUAUACGGAUUCAAUUGUCAAUUUCGCGCAAGGAAUUACAAGAAAUGUGCCAAAGGUGUUUGAAGACGCCGAGGAAACAACAACGUCACAUCGACAAGCAAAGCUAUCUUAUAUGUCGAAACAAGCCAACUUAAUUACUAUUCCUAGAAAAUUGGAAUGGUCAGUGGACUCAUUCAUUUUGUCCUCGUUACAUUUUGCUGAAACAAGGGUUAGUGAUUUGAUCUCCCAAAUCGAAUUCGAAUAUUUGGAUUUUAAGCAAUUUGGGGCAGCACAUAUUAAGUCUCAGUUCAAAUGUUCCCCUGAUGCUUUUCUACAAAUGUGUUUCCAAACGGCGUAUUAUGCAUUAUACGCGAGAUUUGAGACGACAUAUGAGCCUGCAAUGACUAAAUUCUUCCAAAAUGGUAGGACUGAAGCCAUUAGAACCGUUUCCGAGCAGUCUAAAACAUUCGUGAAAUCUUUCUUUGACAGCACAGUUCCAAAUCCCAUAAAGCUAAAGAAUCUACAAGAAGCUUGUGCCCAACACUCCACGGUAACAAAAGAAUGUUCUAUGGGGCUUGGACAAGAUCGUCAUCUAUACGCCUUAUACUGCAUCUGGAAAAAAGUCUUUGCCAACAACCCAAACAUUCCACUACCAGAACUCUUUCAAGAUGCAGGAUGGUCCAAGAUCAAUACAAACGUGCUAAGUACAUCCAAUUGCGGAAACCCUUGCCUCAAAAACUUUGGUUUCGGGCCCGUUUGUAGCAACGGUUUCGGCAUUGGAUACAUUAUCAGAAACGACUCAUUGUCAGUUGUUGUGUCCUCCAGACACAGACAAACGGCUCGUUUUGUCGAGUUAAUGCAACGUUUUUUGCUUGAGAUCGAUCGUAUGUCCCAUAAAGGUGAGUCCUCCUCAACAACCACUAUGGGUACGUUGCAAUCGGAUAACAUGAAGUAUUUAUUAAGUGGAUACGAUUAUUUCGACGUAAGCGUCACAGGAUGA